UUUUACUUCUGUAGUUAUUUAAAUAAUUUUAAAAACAGUUAGCCGAUGAUUGCCGAUCGACUAUUCUCGAUAACUGCAUUAAUAGCAGUAUGCUGUCUUGUUGAAAUAACUUUGGCCAGAGAUGCCAUAAGACUACCAAAAAAUCUAAGACCUUAUAACUAUACAGUUAGAUUGAGACCUGAUAUUUAUUCUUCUCAAACUGAUUUCACUUUUAGUGGAUCCGUUCUAAUCGACUUUGAUGUUGUUCAAACAACUAAUAAAAUCGUUGUCAAUCAAAGGGGUUUAACUCCAGAAAAUUUUUUUUUGACUUUGGCUCCUGAUAGUAUUCCAGCAAAUGUUCCCAGAUUACAGGAAUUGAUUGUUAAAGAUACUGAAGAGGUCUUCGAAAUUUUACUAAAUGGCGAUUUGGUACAAAACGCCAAAUAUAGAAUGCUAUUAAUAUUUAAAGGAGAUAUGCCGGUUAUGGGAGGAUCUGGUAUAUAUGUUGAUUACUAUACGGAAAAUGGAGAAAGAAGACAUUUGGUAGCUACACAGUUUCAAAGAGACGCUACAAGAACAGCCUUUCCGUGCUUUGAUGAACCUGAAUUCAAAGCUAAUUUCAACAUUGAACUUGAACGAAGAGAGAGUCGAACGAGUUUAUCAAAUGGCGAUUUAGUUCAAACGAUUGAUUUAGAAGAUGGAUGGAAAAGAGAUAUCUUUGAGCGAACACCUUAUAUGUCUUGUUAUCUGGUUGCAUUUGUAAUAAGCGACUUUGAACAUGUUGAAUUCAAUUCUGAUAAAGGAAGAAGAAUCAGAGUAUGGGUUCAAAGAAGUUAUAUUCACAAAGUGAACUUUACUGUAUCUGUUGCUGGCAAAAUUCAAGACUGGUUCGAAGAUUGGACUGAUUAUGAACACCAAACUUCCAAAACAGAUCAUGUUGGAUUACCAAAUAAGGGUGGCGCUAUGGAAAAUUGGGGACUCAUUCUCUACGACGAAAACGCUCUUCUUUUCGAUCCAGAAAAUGAACCUGUAUCUUUUAAAAUGAGAGCAGCCUCUCUUAUUGCUCACGAAGUCGCCCAUUUCUGGUUUGGUAACUUGAUAACUUGCGAAUGGUGGAGUGAUACUUGGUUGAAUGAGGGAUUCGCAGCGUUCUUCCAAUGGGAACCCUUGGGAGAUGUGUUAAAUUGGAAUCACGGUAUGAUGCAACAUAUACGGGCUGUCAACUCCAUAAAAGGAAUGGACGAAUUAGAAAGUGCACUACCUGUCUACAGACCUGAUGUUCAACUUCCUUCUCAAGCACCAUCUGCCUUCUCAAGAUUCACCUAUUCUAAAGGAGGAGCUCUAUUACGAAUGUUCCAACAAUGGAUUGGUAAACCAAUCUUCCAAAGAUCCAUCAGAAGAUAUUUAAAGAAGUUUGCCUUUAAGAGUGUUGUUACUCAAGAUUUAUGGGAUUGUAUUCAAGAUGAAUUGGAAGAAUCUGGCGUCUCAAACUUUAAUGUGACUGAAAAUUUUAAUCCUUGGGUUAAUCAGCGAGGUAUUUCAAGAAUCCAAGUUGAACGUAAAUCAAAUAACCUUGAUUUAACUCAAAAUCGUUAUCCGGACUUUUCCGGAGAUGAUAACUACUUGUGGCCAGUACCCGUUACAGUUGUCACUGAGGGCGAAGCUCCAGGAAAUAAUAACGUCCAAUUUACCCUUAGACAAAGAAAUGAUGAUUUCACUCCAAAUAACCUUGGCAAUUGGUAUGGUAUUAAUUCAAGAGGUAGUGGUUAUUAUAGAACUCUAUACGACAAAGCCGGAGAAGAUGAUUUGCUAAGAACAUUAGAAAAUGAUAUCUCUAAAGUGGAUGACAAUCAAAGAUUAAUAAUUAUGGACGAUAAUCUUCUUCGAUUUGAUAAAUCAGAAAUAAAAGAAGUAGAAGCUUUAAGAUUUACAAAAUUCUUAAGAAAUGAAGAAACAGCUGGACCUUGGAAUAUUUUUUCACAAUCUUUUCAGGAAUUUUAUAGUAACAUCGUUGAUAUUUCAAACGAUACAGCCCUUAGGGACUAUACAAGAUACUUAGUAGAUAAUAUGUAUGGCAAAGUUAACUUUGAACCUGUUGUUGGCGAAGCAGAAUUGACUAAAUUAACGAGAGAGGUUGUUAGUGGACUAGCCUGUGGAUUUGGAAAUCAACAAUGUAUUGACAGAGCUUUAGAGCUAGUCAAUCAAUACAGGGGAGAUAAGGAUAAUAAUCCAAUACCCGCAGACCAAAGACUUAACGCUUAUUGUACGUCGUUAUCAUAUGGUGAUAAUACACGUGAAAACUUUUUUUUCAUCGAGGAACUACUUGAAGAAACAAAUUCUCUUCCCGAAGGCGACGCCUUAUUCCGUUCAUUAGCUUGCGUCUCUUCAGUGAGCCUUGUUAACGAAUACUUAGAUCGAUUACUAUUGAAUUCAACUACUUAUUAUGAUGAUGCCGGAAGAGUUGCAAGAAUGUUUAAUCUACUUGACAAUGAAAGGGGAAGAGCAACUCUUAUCCCGAGAUUGAAUGACUUUUGGAUUGGAGAUUAUCCACAAGGUCAAAUCUCACUCACCUUAGUGAAACUAUGUGAACAAACAUUUCAAGAAUCAAAAGCCAACGAAAUUAAAAGAAUAUUAUCAGAAAGACCCGAAAAUUUUGACUAUCUAUGGGAUAUUUUGAAUGAUAAUCAAAACUGGGUAGCUGAAGAAUACGGAAAUAUAAGACAAUGGCUUGUCGAUAAUACACCAACAAAUUACGAAUUAAAAUCAGUUUUUACCGGUCAAUAUCAUAAUAAUCAAUUCGUACGAUAUGGAAGCAUUCUUGAUUUUGAAAACUAUUAAGAAUGAAAUAAUAUAAUUGAUACUGCUUCUUUUUUUUUUAAUAGAAUAAAGAACCCCAUGAAUUGAUUAAUAUUUCGAUUAAAAUGCGUGGGACGUAUUGUAAAAUAGGCUGAGAAUUGAGAAUAUAGAAUUUGUUUAAGUCGUAGUAUUCAAGAACUCUGAGGGUAGAAAUAUUGAUAUGACAGUUUUUAUAAUGUAUGCAAAAAAAAUCGAUGUAGGCCUCCACAUUCACCAGUAGAAUAAUAGGUUUUUAUCGCAGAGGAUUAUUGAGUUUGAACUCAAUGUAACCUCAAGAUGAAACUAAUUUAUGUUCAAGCUAUAUUUCUAGUCUUAGCAGAGCCGAAAAAAGGUGAGUUGAGAGUUAAAAAUCAGAAAUACAUAGAUAGAUGAUCGCCACGAAAUUUGUGUGACUUAUCUACUUUGUUAGGUCUUCUAGGCUAUUUUUUUGGCUUAGGGAAACGCCCAGGGACAAUUUUCUAAAGUCCUAUCUGUAUACACAGUAUAUAUAUUUUUCAUUAGUGUAUCGUCUUAUCUUUCAAAAGUUUUAUCGUGUUUUCUCUCAAAUGAUAUUCAAUAAUCGGUAUUAGAAAAAGAGAGAAAGAGAGUAUCUGAUGAAACAAUUCCAUACAAUAAAUAUUGUUUUUUUGUUAUUUUUUUACAGUUCCAUUUCACUCUCCAAUAGAACCAAGUAAGUUUUAACCAAUUGCAGUUUGACUAUUUAUGAAAUUUUCCUUAUUAAUAAUAAAUAAUUAUUAUUUUAACUUUAUUCUAUUUUUUUUAUAAAAAAAAGUUCCUCAAUUUCGUAAAGAAAUUCGCCUACAAGGUUUCGACGCUUCUCACGAAGAGUUAGAUUGUCCUAAUCUAGUCGAUUCGGAUUUAUUUGCUUAUUCACAAUUUGUAAUCUAUUAGGAUAUUUAUAAUUAAUUUUAAAACUAUGAAAUGAUAAUUUAAUAAUAAUAGGUUCCAUGGAAUAUAACGAAUAGAGCACAUCUUACUGCCAAUCCUAGAUUAAUUGAGAUAAAAAAUUCAACAAUACCUAAUGCUGGAUAUGGAGCAUUCUCUAAAACUUUUAUGCCUCGUAAUACUUGGCUUGCCGAAUACGAGGGCUACUACGUUGAUAUAGAUAAGGAAGAUCACGAUUAUGAUUAUGCAUGGAUGAUAACAUCAAAGGGAUAUGUUGUAUACUAUGUAGAUGGUCAGAAUAUAGCUCAAUCUAAUUGGUUACGAUAUAUUAAUUGUGCAAGAGAUUGUAUAGAGCAAAAUGUUGAAUUUUCAUACUGUAAUGGAAGAGUUUACUAUAGAACUAUAAAAGAUGUUUUACCAGGACAAGAAUUUCUUGUCUAUUAUGGUGACGAAUAUGCCAGUUAUCUAAGUAUUGACACAGGCAAUUACGAAUGUUCAUGUGGAGGUUUUUGUGAAAGAGAAUUUGACGAAGAAUAUCUAAAAGAAGAAGAAACGAACAUGAAUGAAUUAUUAGAGACUGUGAACUAUUGAAUCAAACAGAAUUUUCCCAUCCAUAUAUUGAAUUAUACCAAUUAAUUUAUCUAUUACAAUAUUCAUUAUUAUUUAUUGCCUUUGAAAAGGCGCUUUGCUAUCUUUCUAAUGACAGAGAAAAAAUAAGGGAGGUAAAGGGG